UCAGUUUUACAAGACUUGACUUCAAUUCGCGAUUUUAAUAAUUAAUAAGAAAUCAAAGAUGAAAUUCUUGGCAGUAUUGAUUGUAGUAGCUUCCGUUGCAGUUACUUUCGCCGCAGUUUCCGUUUCACUGAAUGCAGAUCAAAAUGCUAAACUUCAAGCAGCAGCUGCCGAAUGUAUCGAAAAGGAGAAGAUCACCAUGGAUGAAGUACUAAAACUGAACCAAGGAAAAUUUGACUCUGCUGCUGAAAAUCUUAAAUGCUUCGCCAACUGUUUCUUGGAUAAAUUGGGUUUCUUCGUUAAUGGUGCCGUUAAAGAGGAUGUUUUAUCUAGCAAAUUGAGUCCAAUUUUCGGAGCUGAUAGUGUAAAGGAUAUCAUGAAAAAAUGCAACAAUAUUAAAGGCGCAAAUAAUUGUGAUACUGCAUUCAAACUAUUCGAAUGUUACUACAAAAAUAAUGCCGCUCUUGUUUAAAGUGGCUAAUAUAAAUAUAUAAUACAUAAUAUAAUAUAUAAAUUAAAGAACACUUAAAUGUGAA